UUGAUAGUCGUUACUAUCAUCAUUAAGCAUUGGCUCGUGGAUUCUGCAGAUCGCUGUUUGUCUUUAUAAUAAUCAGUAAUUUUUUUUCUCUCUGAAACUAAUCAUCACUUUAUAGGUUACCCGAACAAAGCGAAUCGCAACCGGAAUCGACUGGUAAAAAGCCCAAGAUGGACGACAUGAGCAGUGGAACAGAAAGCGACUAUGCAAAGUACUGGAUUGAUUGGUUUUUGGAAACCAAAGGCAACGAGUAUUUCUGUGAGGUGGACGAAGACUAUAUCUUGGACCGAUUCAAUCUGACUGGCCUGAGCCAAGAAGUGCAACAAUAUUAUGCUGAAGCAUUGGAUAUGAUCACUGACAAUCUGGAAGAGGAAUCUCUGAGCGAUAAGGCACGAGAACAGAUUGAAAAGGCUGCACGACAUUUGUACGGUUUAAUCCAUGCUCGUUUCGUAAUCACUACCCGCGGGCUUGCUAAGAUGCUCGACAAGUACAAAAAGGCAGAUUUCGGCCGUUGUCCUCGCGUGCUUUGCAACCUGCAACCAUUGCUGCCUGUAGGCUUAUCGGACGUGCCACUAACAAAGACGGUCAAGCUGUACUGUCCACGAUGUGAAGAUAUUUACAACCCAAAGUCGAGUCGACAUGCAUCCAUUGAUGGCGCCUAUUUCGGUACCUCGUUCCCACACAUGCUUUUCCAAGUCCAUCCAUCCUACAUGCCCACCAAAUCGUUUGAGCGCUAUGAGCCACGUAUUUUCGGAUUCAAGAUACAUGAUAUCGCAGAGCAGCACCGGUGGCAAGAUCGCGCACGGGAAGAGUUCCAAAAUAAACUCAAGGAUGACGAAGAUAAGUCAAAGACGGCCCCACGUCAGCCUCGGUUAGUUGCAACCACUUCCGCAGCAUCUCAAAAGGUGGAAGGAGGAAAUUGAUAAACGGAUCUUCUGUUGCUGUUGUUGUUGUUGCUCUUCUUCAUUCCCCACCUCCCCCAUCACCAAACUCCUUCAACAUUUUUCAUGUAAGCACGCUCGCGCAUACAUUUAAAAAAUUAAAAACAGCCUUUCGAUUUGCCCAUGUCUUGGAAAGAGAGAGAGGGCGAGAGAGGAAAGAAACUUUAAGGCUUCAUUAUCCCUUGUCGAUCUUUAUCAUUUU